GGCUCCAAGGUUUCCUGUAAUGCUCUCUCUUAGUUUCUUCCCGAGGGCUCAAACGAAGAUUAGUUACUCACAAUCGUUUGUUACCGGACGUUGGGUAUAAAAUACAUACGUACGUACUGACGUGAGAGACAGAAGAAAGCGUCUAGAAAGAUCGUGGUUCCUCCUGGAUUCUGCUUUUGACGAACAAGUGCCGGAGGAAGUCUUGGGUGGGUGGGCGCGUGGUUGUCCUAACUGGGGAUUGGUCAUCCUUAAAGAGUAGAACAAGCCAUACAUGUGUAACAUUGACGACCGUGAGCUCAAGUCAAGCGCCCAGUUUUUUUGAUUUCCAAACUUUCCUACAGCCACACAGAAACAUCCUGACCCAUCGUCAUUUCAAGAUGUCGUCUUGGAUAGUAAGCUACCUGUGGGUAGCCUUGCUUUGGCCAAGCGGGCAGUGCGCCUUGGAGUGCAACUUGGCCCAAGAUCGCUUGGCCUCGAACUAUGAACUGUCCACGGCCGCCAGAAACGGGAUCAAGUUCAAACCGGGUCAAAGCACCUCCCGGUUUCAAGGCCUCGAGUGCACUUGUCUGACCGACGACGAGGUCUUGGGUGAUGUAGUUGUAAGCCAAUUCGAUGCCAAUGACCAGCUCAUAAAUGACAAUGGUCAAUACGAUUGGAAAAAUUCGUCCGUGUUCAAGAUCUCCAAUUGUGAGAAGUUAGAAGUCACCAUGAGACGCGGUCUGAACGACCUGGCCACCAAACUCUCAGGGGGCGUUUUAAUCUUUGAGAAUGUGGGCGAGCUCAAUCUAGCCCAAUUCCAAAUCAUGACCAGAGGAACCGGCAACGACUCUCUGGAAGGCACAUUCACAAGUGUAUAUUUCAAAAAUGUGACCAUUGGUAGAUUUCCCAGCACCGCCAGGCCCGCCAUGAUCAUUGAAGACAAGAUCGAAGUGCUUUUUCACCAUCUAAAAUUGAAAGAGGGCGUUGUGCUCGAUUUGGCGGUCACCAAUCGAGAAAACGCCAUAAGCCCGAUUUUGCGAAUAGAGGAAUCCGAAUUCACGGGUCCAGAGUCGCUCUCUGGAUCGCUUUCGGACUUUGACGAUACGCUCAAAGUCACGGUGAAAAACGAGCAGUUCGUGGUCAACACUUCAACCCCCACCAAUGAAGGAUGCGAGUUUGAUUACAAGGGCGAGAUUAUUCUCAAGAACAACAGGAUUGGACUGUUGCGAAAGGACAACCUCAAAGUAAUUGGUGCCAUGAAGCUAGAUUUCCACGACAACCGUGUCCAAACAUUCACUCAAGACGCUGUGAUCGCGGACAGCGUCAAAGAAUUCCUUUUCCGGGGCAACACCUUUAAGUUCCAAAUCUCUCAACCUCUCUUGGAACUAGCUUAUGUCAAGUCCGCUAGAGGCUGCCCCAAAGAUGAUCUACCGGAAUCAGCCAUCCGAACGAUCGAUUUCAGUCGAAAUGAGUUCUCCCAGUUGACCGCAUCCCCUUUUGUCAUUGACGCUGAUGACUACCCGGAAAGUCUCUUCGACAAGAUGGAAUUGGUGAACAAUACGAUUUCUAGUCCCUGUUCCUGCCAAGACAAGCCAUUGUCAAAUGAUGCCGAGAUUUCCGAUAAAAUCUACCAGAGGCUGCAGGACAAAUCUCAAUGCAUCUCAGAGAUCAAAGGCGAGCCAUUGAUUGGCCUGAGAGACCAGAUUUGCCAAGGCAAUCACCCAUUGACCCAAGAGGAGAAAGAGCAACUGAUUCGCGAUGAGUUGAGCGAAAAGUGGACCACUUAUUUAAUCAUCGCCAUUGUGGUGAGCCUCAUUUUGGCGGUGGCAGCCACUGUCCUCAUUAUGAAACUGUGUUGCAACAAUUCGGGUGAUGUGUCACCUAGAGGAAGAGAUUAAGUGGGCCCAAAUUACAAACGACAAAAGACUACUUUCGAAAAGGAAAGGUGAAACACCAUCAACCUAAACUGUGUGUCUCACCAACAGUCUCGCCUCAUUUUCUGUCUUUUUUUGCUAAUCGAUUAGUUCUAACAAGAGUGUUUCCAAGUUUAUCCAUCCAGUGGGUAUUAAAGCCAACGUUAUUUUAAAGGUGA